AUGCCCCCGGCAAAGUUGCCACCUUUGCUGUGUUUCUGUUCGGAUUCAGUCGGCUGCGUGAACGAUACAUGCGUCACAAAGCCUGGCGCUCAAUGCUUCCACGCUAUCGAAGAGACUUAUAACGUUGACGCCAAACAGACCGAAACCUUGCACUAUUAUGGAUGUUUACCACCCGAGGAAGGUGGUUCGGCUUUGCAGUGCCAUAGCCAUUUGUCGCCCCACUACAUCCCAAAAAGUAUCAAGUGCUGCUUCGACGCCGACUUCUGCAACCUGAACAUCAAACCUGUAUAUAGCCAUUCACUAGUACCUUUCUCAGGUGUGCUUAACUGCUUUUGUGUCUUCGUUUUGUUCGUUCUGUUAAUCGCCGUUAUCGCUGUGUACUACCUUAAGAAAAAGAUUCUCGGCGAUAAGCUGUUGAACAAGAACGAUUUCAUGGGCAACGAAUGGAGCAGCAGCGACUCGUACGACAACCUGUCCAUCAAGAAUAUCAUCGAACACACCAGUGGUUCCGGUUCUGGUCUGCCGUUGCUCGUUCAGCGCACGAUCGCUCGUCAACUGCAGAUGAUCAAGAGUGUCGGCAAAGGACGGUACGGAGAGGUGUGGAAAGCAAAGUGGCGCGGCGAGACUGUCGCCGUCAAGGUGUUUUUCACCACUGAGGAAGCGUCAUGGUUCCGAGAAACCGAAAUCUACCAGACGGUGAUGUUGCGUCACGAAAAUAUCCUCGGUUUUAUUGCCGCCGAUAUCAAAGGUACCGGUAGUUGGACUCAACUGUUGUUGAUAACCGAUUACCACGAGAAUGGUUCGCUGCACGAUUUUCUAAAAUCAAGGACGCUUGACUACGAACUGAUGGCUAGACUUGCCUGCACUGCCGCCUCUGGCUUAGCUCAUCUACACACCGAGAUUCUUGGCACUCGAGGCAAGCCAGCCAUAGCACAUCGAGACAUCAAGAGUAAAAACGUGCUGGUCAAAGUCGGUGGAAUAUGCGUUAUCGCAGACUUCGGACUAGCCGUAAGGUUUAUCAGGCCGAAUCCACGGGUCGGAACGAAGCGUUACAUGGCACCGGAGAUUUUGGACGAGUCGAUCAAUACGCAGAGCUUUGAGGGUUAUAAGCAGGCUGACGUUUACUCGUUUAGCUUAGUACUGUGGGAGAUCGCCAGUCGUUGCCAGUUUAACGGUGGGGAAAGUCACAACAGUUACUGGUUGUUAUUCGUUUCAGGAACUGUGUUGCCUUAUAAAGUGCCGUACGAAGAUUUAGUGCCUUCAGAUCCGACUUUUGACGAAAUGCGCCGUACGGUGUGUGCCGAAAGACGCCGCCCUGACAUUCACAUUCAGUGGACGCAGGACCCAGUUCUGUGCAGUGUCGCCAGACUGAUCCUCGAGUGCUGGCACCAAAAGCCAAACGCGCGGCUCACUGCCUUAAGAAUUAAAAAGUCGCUCAGUCGCCUGCUCGAGGAAAUAACUGCCCAGAAUUAUGAACCAGGCUGGACUAAAAUUUAG